UCUCACUGGCGGUGCGUGCGCGCCUGCGCUGGUCCUCGUCUCGGAGCAGCCAUGAUGGAAGGCCUGGACGACGGCCCCGACUUCCUCUCAGAGGAAGACCGCGGACUUAAAGCAAUAAGUGUAGAUCUUCAAAGUGAUGCUGCUCUACAGGUGGACAUUUCUGAUGCUCUUAGUGAAAGAGAUAAAGUAAAAUUCACUGUACAUACAAAGAGUUCAUUGCCAAAUUUUAAGCAAAAUGAGUUUUCUGUUGUCCGACAACAUGAAGAAUUUAUCUGGCUUCAUGAUUCCUUCGUUGAAAAUGAAGACUAUGCAGGUUACAUUAUCCCACCGGCACCACCAAGACCUGAUUUUGAUGCUUCAAGGGAAAAACUACAGAAGCUUGGAGAAGGAGAAGGGUCGAUGACAAAGGAGGAAUUCACAAAGAUGAAACAGGAAUUGGAAGCUGAAUAUUUGGCAAUAUUCAAGAAGACAGUUGCAAUGCAUGAAGUGUUCCUAUGUCGUGUGGCAGCACAUCCUAUUUUGCGAAAAGAUUUAAAUUUCCAUGUCUUCUUGGAAUAUAAUCAAGAUCUGAGUGUGCGAGGAAAGAACAAAAAAGAAAAACUUGAGGAUUUCUUUAAAAACAUGGUUAAAUCAGCAGAUGGAGUAAUUGUUUCAGGUGUAAAGGAUGUAGAUGAUUUCUUUGAGCAUGAACGAACAUUUCUUUUAGAAUAUCAUAAUCGUGUUAAGGAUGCAUCUGCUAAAUCUGAUAGGAUGACAAGAUCUCACAAAAGUGCUGCAGAUGAUUACAAUAGAAUUGGUUCUUCACUCUAUGCUUUAGGAACUCAGGAUUCUACAGAUAUAUGCAAGUUUUUUCUCAAAGUUUCAGAACUGUUUGAUAAAACAAGAAAAAUAGAAGCACGAGUAUCUGCUGAUGAGGACCUCAAACUUUCUGAUCUCUUAAAAUAUUACUUAAGAGAAUCUCAAGCAGCUAAGGACCUCCUCUAUAGACGGUCUAGGUCUUUAGUGGAUUAUGAAAAUGCUAAUAAAGCACUGGAUAAGGCAAGAGCCAAGAAUAAAGACGUUCUGCAGGCUGAAACUUCUCAACAAUUAUGUUGUCAGAAGUUUGAAAAAAUAUCUGAAUCUGCAAAACAAGAACUUAUAGACUUUAAGACAAGAAGAGUUGCAGCAUUCAGAAAAAAUUUAGUGGAACUUGCAGAAUUAGAACUGAAGCAUGCAAAGGGUAACCUCCAGUUGCUACAGAAUUGCCUGGCAGUGUUAAAUGGAGACACAUAAGCCAUAUUCCACCUUCCCGUUAAAAAGGGCUGCCUUCCUUCAGAUCUUACUUUUGUUCUCUGAAUGACAUAAAGCAUUUAUGCUCACUGGAAACAACAGCAACGAACCAGUUGACACAGUAUAUCUACUCUUCUUUUUCUGGGAAACAGUGGAGCAGCACGGUGACAGGCAGUGCGGGCUGUGAGUGUGAUGCUGCACUGUGCUCCUCUGGACAGUGGUUGGCCAUUGUGCACUUGUCCUGCUCAGAAGCCCAAAGUUCAGUCUUUUUAGUAGCCUCUAACUGUGUUUAUUUUAUAAAUAGUAAUCCUUAUGGCUGCCAAUCUCAUUUACUUUUAAGAGUAAUCUUUGAAAUUUAACCUUUUCAGAAUACAUUGUUCAAACAAGAUAAAGAUUGCCUUUCUUGAAUUUUUUUUAUUUUGUUUUUAAAAAAUACAACUAGUUCUUUUAUGUAUCCUUGUAAAGCAUCUUAAUCAGACUUACUUUUAAUUAAUCAACAUUGAAGUUUGGGGCCAGACUUUCUGUAAUCUUUCUAAGUAUGAUUCACAAAGAAAAGCAAAUGCAUUAGUAUGUUUGCCUUAACCUUGUAGACUAAACCAACUAUUUUAACAUAACCAGCGACAACAGCGAUAGUUUUAAACUCUGUGGUCAUUUUAUCACUCUAAAUUUUGGAGUAGCUGUAAUAAAUCUACUCCAUUGUUAUGCUUUAUAGUGCAGAUCUUAGUUUUUCUUAAUUUCUUUUAAAAUUGAAUAUUGAACCAAGUCCAACAACCCUUUACAGAAGAGUGAGGUGUUUCUCUGUAUGCAGUUCAUGGAAGUGGAAUUGGACAGAGGGAGAGGUCUGUUAAAAGGAAUAGCUCUUGUCUGUGAGGAAAAAAAGAAUAUUUGGGAUGAAAGUUUGUAUGCAAAUGGAAUGCUAAUUGCCAUUAGCUAUACUACAAAUAUUAUUGGCCUUUCUUAAUGUGGAUGAACAUAACUGUCAUUCCUUGUUGAAAGUGAAACUGCGUGAGUGCUUGGACUUUUUCCACUGUCUUUUUCUAGCUUUCCUCCUUUUUAGAAACCACAGGGAUUUGGACUGAUCACCCCUUGGAUGGGUUUCUAGUUUGUUUACAUUUUCUCACCCUGUUCUGAAGAAGGCCUGGUCUGUGCGAUAGCCUGUCAGGACUAUUCCAGCCUUUCUCAGCAUGUGCUCUUGCUUCACUCAUGUGCUGGUUAAUGUCUCUAACUCACAUGUUCCCAAUGCCAUUUGAACUGUUGGUUUUUCUGUUGUUGUCUGAGCGAUUUGUGUGUUUUGUCCUUCAUGUAACCUUCACUGGUCAGAAUACACCCAUGCAGCGUCCACUAGUGUGUGAACAGGACCAAGAGCCUAAGCUUUUGGAUUCAGGUCCAGCCCUUCAGCAGCUGCCCUUGUAGCCUCUAGCAGGUUUGGGCAGAUUCACUUGACUUCUGCCUCAGUUCUCUACUACAAAGGACAUGUUGACCUACCUCACAGGGGUGUUGUGAGGAUUAAUAAAUGUUGGUACCAUGCUUUGGAAA